GACGUCUAUUGAGACUGCGUGAUGGCGUGGGCCCAUUUGACACUCGGUGGCCGGCGUAUCGCAUUUGCACCGAGUUUGGACAACGGAAGGCUGGCCGCUCUAGUCCCCUCAAGCUGCAAAUUUUAAGCCCCCAUCCAUUGCUGUUUGUUUGACCAGCCCCGACUCUCUGCGUAUGGCAUGGACAGCCAUCUGCCGGGGCCUCAUCGAGCGGCACCGAUACAAGCAAGAACACAGACACGAGGUCGCCUUGCGAAGGUUCACCCUCCGGGGAAGUAUGUCGCUGUCGAUGCUCAGCUUGUAUACUACGGCAUUGUUUCAAGACUCCCCAUGGUCGCGCGUGUCAGCGUCGUGGAUUACCGCGGAAACAUUCUUCUAGAUUCACUUGUUCGACCUACACAACCUGUCAGUGACUACAGGACAGCUGAGACAGGGCUCCAACAGGCUGCACUCGCAUCAGCACCGACAUUCAUCGAGGUGCAAAGACAGGUCGCCAUGCUGAUCCGGGACAAAAUUAUCAUAGGCUACGCUCUAUGGCAAACCCUUUCGGUAUUGGGUUUGUCUCAUUCCACAAUAGAUACGCGAGAUAUUGCCCUCUUUAUGCCCUUCCGCCGCAGCCUCAGAUCAAGACCGAAUGCCAUGCUCCCGUUGAUGACGCUCGUGCACCGAUUCAUGGGGAGACACAUCAGUUUACAUGGGGAGAUCCCGGUUGAGAACGCAAGGGCCACGCUGGACCUCUUUCGCUCAUGCGAACACAUAUGGGAGGAGAUCAUAGAGACAGGAGCAUGGCCCUGCGCCCUCCCUCCGGUUGCCUUCGCGAGUGCCUUCACAUAGACUAUCAUGGCUAAUGUUUGGACCGCGAUGUGAUACUGCGCACUGGGCCACCAGCCUAGAUAAACAAAGCUGAGUGACAAUAAUAGAACGCUGC